GCAUCGUGUUAUCAGCCAGCCAGAUUACGCUUGAGUUCACGCAGAACCGCAACCUGUGUUAGUGCGAAAUCUCGGCAGCUGCUCACGAGGGCCAGAACAUCCGCACUUCCACAUUCCAAGACUAAAUCCUACUACUGAGAGAAAGGAGGCUGUUGCAGCGGUAACAGCGGUGAUGUUAACAACCAGUCGACUUCCGUAGUCGAUUCCGACACUACGAGCACCGACCACCUGGAAGCUCGCAAUUCCCUCUGGAAGUUGACGUCAUUUGAGGAAGCACCUACCACAUUACAGAUAGUCGACACUGGGAAGCGGACCGGAUUAACCGAUUAACACGGAGUGGUAAAGGGUCCGAGCAGAAUACCAUGGUGUUCCAAUCGGAUUUUAUGGAUGACGAGUACGAGGCGCACAGUAUUCAGCUUGAUGAGGAGACAGGCGAACAUGUGGAGCCGAUCCAGUUCACGUUCGUGGAGGGGCUAGCCACCACAAACGAGGAGACGGGAGAGCCCGAGGCAUUCCGCCUCAAGGAGACUGCGGAGGAGCGCGUGUGCAGUGGGGGUCGGCGCAAAAAGCCCUUCCAGAUUCCGCGCAGCGCCCUGCUGCAGGACGAGGACGAGCCAGACGUGAAGCGGUCCGGCCCGCUGGUCCCCGCCGCACCAACCGUCCCAACCGGUAUCGUCCUCAAACGCCAGAAGUCGUGCAUAAUCGAGGAGCACGUGGGCCGCGCCUCGCAGAACAUGAACCCCGCCGUCUUCCUGCUGCCCACGCUCUUCCUGUUCCCGGCCUGGGCCAGCAUCUUCUGCAUCAUCCUCGAGCUGUGCAUCCACAUGUGGGCGCACCGCAAGAACUGGGAGCGCAGUGAGCUCGUGGGAGCGGGCACCAGCCCACUGCCCGCACUCUACCGCUCGCCGCUCAACACCAUCACCUCGGAGUUCUGCGCCUACUGCCAGUCGGAUAAGCUUAUGGCCACCAUAGGCAAGCUGCAGGACGAGCGCAAGACCAGACUCGACAACAGGAAACUCAGAUACUGCGCCUACGUCGAGCGGAUGAGUGUCGUCACAUAGCGAGCACGCCUCCUCUUGAGAGUCUGAAGCCACUUCAGUUACAUUAUGCACUCCACCAAUACCUGUGUGGUUUCGAACUGCUAUCUCUUUCGAUACAUUAUCUUUUGCAUCACAACUGGUAUAUCGUAUUUGAAAUGUUUUUCUGGAUAUUUUUUGUUGCAAUCCAGCUACGUAUUUCUAAAGAAAAAAUGUUUCUAACCACUGCUACUUUAUUUUGUUGGCAAUAAAGGAAUCUUUUUUUCUUAGUUCAUAGAUUAAGUUCACGACUACAAAGCCUCAAUAAUGUGAAAUAUCACAGUAAAAUUGUUUAUUUCUUCCGUUCAUUGUUAAUUGCUGUGUUGUCCUGCGAAGCUGUACUCAACAUCACCAUCACCUACCUGAAGAACAAUCUGUAAUUGUUUGUAGGAAUGUCCUGCUUUGCAGUUUCCAGAUGUUGCAGAUAUGUCAUGUUGUCAUAUAUUUACUGAAGUAAGCUGCCCAGUAGAGUGUACUCUGUUUUGUUAUUUUACCAGACCGAAGACGGCCAUGUGCCUGAUGCCAGUCCAGCAAUGAAAUAGAAUAAAGACUAUACACUCUAUGGGGCGGUUAUUUUAUAUAAAUGUCAGAUUUUUACUUGAUUAUUUUUAUGCUACUUAAUUCAUUUCUUUAACUUCCACAACAUUAUGCAUUCUUUUCUACACAGGAACUGAGGGCUUACUGAAAAGCGCGUCAGUAUAUAUUAGCAUUGCUUGCAUAGGGCAGUAUAUCGAUUUAAGUGAACUUAAUUUGUGUACUGCUUGCCUUAUAUGAUAUAGUGGUGCUGUUUGGCAUUCUUUGGACAUAUUCGUAAUUAAAGAUCGUUAAUGUUUGUUAAAACAGUGGAUUGAAAAAAAAAACUGAACAGUAGUUUUUUCCUCCUCUGGAUAAUAUGGUACGAAAGAUAAGCUACAUUUU